UAAAGAAAAGACGUCAGGUGCAGUGCAGGUGCGAAUACUACGACACAAAUCUUCAAGUCACCACAAUAUUCUACGUCGUGUCCAAACAGAGGUAUUACAUAGCCUGAUAAUACUGUGGCUCCAUCCAAGCAGUCUUUUUUUACUCUACCCUACCUUAGUACCUGUAGUACCUACAAAGUACAAGCCUAUUGUCAACAAGAAGGCAGAACUCAGUGAAAUCACAACCAAGUGCACAGUGCAGUGGCGUCUUGUGUCCCAGUCCACAUGGUCCAUAUUGGCGUGUGUUUGCAGCAACGCUGCUCAGUCUAGAUCGUUUUAUAGGGCUCUGGCUCUACUAGUACUACUAGAGUAGAGCCUAGAGCCAGGGUGGACGCGAGCAUUUGUCCUUGGAGUUGGACUAGUGUUGCUAGUAGUAGUAGUAGUACUAGUAGCAGUACAUUUGGAGUUACUGGGUCGCGUGUACUGUAGUACUGUAGGCUGUACCCAGCUUGUUGUAUUUGGAACGCUGCCGACGUCGCCUUGUCUGACGGUUUCGAGCACAAAAUGGAAACUAGGCAGAACCUAGAAGUAGAAGGCAAGCAGGAGCCCAUGCAGAGCCCAGGCGACGAUGAUGAUCUUGCCGUUGAGGAACGGGAGAAUCGAAAUCCAUACGAUGGCACGGAUCACCUAGACUCCUACCACAUUGUGCCAGUAAUCCUUAGCGAAAUUGCCACGCUCAAGGAGCUAAUGGAUGACGAGCAGAGCAACCAGGAAGAUGACUCCGCUGACAGUUCGCCAUUGAAGACGAGUACGAACAGCGGUGCAGUUCUGCUCCUGCGGUGCAGUGAUGAGUCGUUUGACACUGUCAUGAAGUCACUUGAUCAGCAGGAUAUCCAGCUCGCGAUCAGCUUGAUAGAGCAGCAGAUCUCGCUGGAAGAACAGACUGAGGGCAGUCUUACACAUCUCACACAGCUCUACAGGCAAAACAACAUCGACAAGUUUCUCAGCACUGCGCAGGCGCUGAUGAGAAGCCAGCAGAGACUGGCUUGGAUUCGGAGUCGUAUCAUCCGCUGCAUGAGCAAGCAUGUCUCCAUGGUUUCGUCUGGACACGUUGAGCCCGAUUUGGAGCCCCUGCUGAACCGAGUGCUCCGAUUUCCAGACCUGUCCUACCAGUUCGUUUCGCCGGACGACGAAGCUGCACAGGCACCAGCCAAGCCGUACACGGUGGCAUCAACCGACAGCCCUGACGACCUGGAACCGCAAAGCAGAGAUGCUGAGCAAGACGCGCCGCAAGAGUACAUUGCCACUCUGAUAACGAGCACGAUACCCGAGCAGGAGGAGCCAGUCGACACCGACUCGCAAGCUGCCGGCAGUGAGAACGAGAUGCCCCCGGACAUGCCAGCACCUCCUUCUCCGGUGCCUGAAGCCGAGUCGGAUACCUCCACACCACAACCGGGCGAUAUGAAUCUAACCGAACCGCUCGUAGGAUUGUUGAUGAACCGAUUGGACAAUGAAGGAGUGUCAGCGAUGACGGAUAGUCGUGCCGCUGCAACAAAGCGUCGUGUGUCCGGCAGUCCGCCGCCAGUACCGGUGAAUUCUCGCUCAACGCCGGGCGACGGCAGCGAUGACUACGACGGCGGACGCGGCUGUCAUGACAACGCGGGCGCCUUCGGCUGUCCCGGCAACCGCCAGAUGUCGCUGGAGUCGGACAUCUUCAGGGACACGCCGUCGCCGCUCGGCGAUGUCAAGCCUCUCUCGCCAUUCGUCAGCUCCCUUCUUGGCAAGCCCAUGCCAAGCACGGCGGAGAGCACGGCAGAUCGUGCCGGCGGUAGCCGAGAGCAAUCGCCCUUGCAGUCGUCGACUCAAGACAGACGAGACAUGAAGGCCACGACGGUGCAAUCCGCUGCCAAGCCUGCCAGUCCUGAGCGAAAAGACUCUAUCGUAAGAGAGGAGCAGGUGGUCAGACGUGAACUUCCCGUCAUGACUUCCCCGUCCUCUGGAAGUCUCCUGCCACCGGCACCACCUCGGAGAACGUCCUCGUACGAGGUGCUGAAGCGCUUCGAGCAGACCCGCUCAUUGUCCCGAAGCUCUGUUAGCCCGCCACCCCGCUCUGCGUCGACCAGCCUAGUCAGCCCCACCAAGAACCUACCCUCUAUGGGCAGAUACCAGCAUCAGGACCAGGAGCAGGCACCGGAGGGCUUUGGCGGUGCGCUGUUCGUGGGCAGCCUCUUACGGCCGUCUCCGUCGUCUGCGGAGGACGAGGACUUGAUGGUGUCACCGGAGCACGUUGCAAGCAUGCCUGCAGGUGUCGAUGAUGCGACGGCGACGUCCAUUGCUGAUGACGUUGCUGUGUCAGCCAGUGCUGGACGGGACGACUCGCCGCAGUUCAUGGGAAACCUGAGUUCGCUCAUGUCUUCUCGGAUUGUGUUUGACUGAACGCCCCAUCUCGCAACCCUUGUGUACAGAUUUCCCGGUGGAGAACGGAAACAUUCAGUUAUACAUUCAGUUGCAAAGAGCUCCACCCGACCUUGAUCAAUAUCAUCCGCUACUUCCGGGCAUGGCUAUUGAGCUUUGGAUUAUAUGCCUGGCCUCUUCUUGCAUGAUGUGACAGGAGUCUUGGCAAUGAUGUGCCAACAAAGGUGUGAGUGAUGGUAUGCUGCCACCACCAGUUCACAGUGUGUGUUUUAUACAUAGGCCUUGGCUGGCCAAGACUGCCUGGUGCCAUGCACAAGUGCAGCUUAGUUGUAUUAGCAGUGAUUGCACAGUAUUCCCCGAAUGUCCGCUAAUUAUCCCAGCACUGGUGCCCCUGUGUGGCUGGUUCGCCGAACGAAACUUUUAGAUGCGCACAGUUGACGAUCCAUGUCCUGGCAAUACUGCCCGGAGCGCUUUGUCACUGUCACCCGUGUGCGUGUGAUCUUAGCCGAUGCACGCUCCCUGUCCGUUGAUUUCUGUUUCUCUCAUUGGGACGACGAGCGUGAAUGUGUCAGUACCUCUCCAGCCCCCGCCAGUCCGAUUGCCUUUCCAGCCCUCGCCAGUCCAAUUGCCUUUCCAGCCCUCGCCAGUCCAAUUGCCUCUCGAGCCCUUGCUACUCCAAUUGCCUCUCAAGCCCUUGCUAGUCCAAAUUCUAAUUCCACCGGAACAGUAUUGUACACAUGACGUCGUAUAUCCUACAGUUGCUAAUGUUCCACAGACCGUUCUCGUCCACAGUCCUACACAGAAAUCUACCCCCAUUGACUAGACCCAAAUACUACCGUACUUUCCCAUAACCCACCACUAUCGCAGGAUUAUGUAACAUUUCAUGACUGUUGUGAGCUUCUUUCUCUUUUUUCAUGAUAAUUAUAGUUUCUACGGUUGCUGUUGAUAUUGCUAUGAUAACUGGCGAAGACAUUGCUAAUAAUUAUUAUGAUCAUGUGACAAUGGACAAGAUGUGACCUUCUUCUCAA